AUGAUUCUACCCGGUCGGUCUCUUAUCACUCGGUCAAUCAUACGCAAUGUACAAGCACCUCUCCAAACCCAACCCUGCGGUGUGGACCUCACACUGAAGCGGGUCUUGAAGUGGACCUCUCCGGGCGUCAUCGAUCUCGACAACAAACUUCGGCAGACUGCCUCAACCGAGGAACUGACAUUUCCGAGAUCUGCAAGUCCGGCUCUAGACCUUGUCCAGGGAUCUUACCUCGUGGAAUUCAAUGAGACGGUUUCCGUGCCCCUCGAUUCUAUGGGUCAGAUCUUUGUACGCAGUUCAUUGUUCCGAUCGGGUGUAUUGAUCCAUGCCGGUGUGAUGGAUAGUGGAUAUGAAGGGGCUGUUGGUGCUCUGCUGCAGGUUGUGAAUCCCGCUGGUUUGAGGGUUUAUCCUGCUGCUCGAUUGGCGCAAUUGGUGUUUCACCUGAUGAGUGAGGAAGUUGAGGGCUAUAAUGGUACUUAUCAGGGGACAACGUCCAUGGGAUGA